AUGUCGGCUUCUCUCCAACCACGCGCUCGCUUGAUCGCUGCCGGUCUGCGAUCCGCGCCUAGGGCCUGCGCAAACCCCAGGGCGAUUGUUUUGCAUCAUUCGCGGACGUUAUUCAAUUCUCAUCGACCUGGCGCAGCUUCCAGAUUGAAGCGCAGCUCGCUUCCAGCCAAUUUCUUCGUCCGCGCGAUAUCUGGAAAGCCCCUCCAACAAAGCAACUCGUACCUCCUCAAUUUCUGCUUCAGAGCCGCAGCAUGGCUUGGUGCCUCGCUCACAGUCAUUGGAGUCAGCGUCGUUGCCUUCUUUAUCUAUGAUGCGUCCACCUACAAGGAGGAAGCUACCCACAGCGAUAUCAAUCUCUCGGAGCUAGCUCUGCAGCCCCGCCGCGGCGGGCCCAAGAACCUGCCGAUCGCCGAAGUCUUCAUUGGCGACGACGACACUGAGGAGACCCGGGCGAUGAAAGAGAAGCCCCGGCUGGUCGUCCUCGGAGGCGGCUGGGGUGGCGUUGCGCUCCUCAAAGAUUUGAACCCCGACGAAUACCACAUCACCGUCAUUUCGCCCACCAACUAUUUUCUCUUUACGCCCAUGCUACCGUCUGCUACCGUUGGAACCCUGGAGCUGCGAUCUCUCGUUGAGCCUAUUCGACGCAUCCUCCACAGGUGUCGAGGUCAUUUCAUCCGCGCACAGGCCGAAGAUGUUGAAUUCUCCCACAAACUUGUCGAGGUGUCGCAGCGGGACUUGAAUGGGCAGGAAGUACGCUUUUACGUUCCCUACGAUAAGCUGGUCAUUGCUGUGGGCUCCACCACGAACCCCCACGGCGUCAAAGGUUUGGAAAACGCCUUCUUUCUGAAGAACGUUGAUGACGCGAGAAAGAUCCGUAACCGAGUGAUCCAAAAUUUCGAACUCGCUUGCUUGCCAACUACCUCAGACGAGGAACGAAAACGCCUUCUCUCAUUUGUCGUCAGUGGUGGAGGACCGACUGGUGUUGAGUUCGCAGCGGAACUAUAUGAUCUCCUGAAUGAGGACCUCUCGCGACACUUCCCCCGCCUUCUUCGAAAUGAGAUUUCCGUGCAUAUCAUCCAGAGCCGGAGCCAUAUCCUGAACACUUACGACGAGGCGGUGUCCAAGUAUGCUGAGGAGCGGUUUAAUCGUGAUCAGGUUGACGUGCUGACCAACUCACGAGUGAAGGAGGUUAAGGAAGACAAGAUUAUCUUUUCUCAGAAAUUGGAGGACGGGUCGGUUGUGACGAAGGAGCUUCCUACUGGAUUUUGUUUGUGGUCUACCGGCGUAUCGCCAACCGCAUUCAGCACAACUUUGUCGAAGAAGUUGGGUGACGCGCAGACCAAUCGACAUGCCUUGGAAACCGACACCCAUCUCCGUCUGAACGGUGCCCCGUUGGGUGAUGUUUAUGCCAUUGGAGACUGCUCGACUGUUCAAAAUAACGUUGCUAAUCACAUUAUUACAUUCCUCCGCACUCUCGCAUGGAAGCAAGGCAAGGACCCCGAGACCAUUCAGCUUCACUUUAGCGACUGGCGAUACGUUGCCCAGGAUGUGAGGAAACGUUUCCCCCAGGCAAAUGAGCAUCUUAAGCGCUUGGAUAAGUUGUUUGAAGAAUUUGAUAAAGAUAAAUCUGGCACUCUUGACUUUGGCGAGCUGCGAGAGCUCCUCGGUCAGAUUGACAAAAAGUUGACAUCCCUUCCCGCUACUGCCCAGAGAGCUCAUCAGCAAGGCCAGUACUUGGCUCACAAGUUCAACAAGAUGGCACGACUGUCGCAAGGUCUACUGGCCAAUGAUGUCAAAGAUGGCGAUUUGGACGCCGCGGCGUACAAGGCAUUUGAGUAUCAUCAUCUUGGUAGCCUGGCAUACAUUGGCAAUUCUGCUGUUUUCGACUUGGGCGAAGGCUGGAAUAUUUCUGGUGGUCUUUGGGCAGUCUACACAUGGCGAUCUGUUUACUUCGCCCAGAGCGUGAGCUUUAGGACCAGAAUGCUCAUGGCCAUGGAUUGGGCAAAACGUGGUCUUUUUGGCCGAGAUUUAAUUAGCUUUUAA